AUGGUUGCUGCAGCUAAGACAAAGCCCGAACACCCCAAGUACUCUGACAUGAUUGUCGAGGCUAUCACCACCCAGAAGGAGCGUACUGGUUCAUCUCGUCAGGCGAUUAAGAAGUUUGUUAGUGAGAAGUACAAUCUUGACACCAAGAACGACGUUUUCCUUAAGGCCGCACUAAAGCGUGGUAUCGACACUGGACUUUUUGUGCACCCCAAGAACAAAACUGGUUCAUACCGCAUCGGUGUGCUACCCAAGGAGAAGAAAAAGGUUGCCCCCAAGAAGAAGGCUGUUGCCAAGAAGCCCGCUACCAAGAAAAAGCCCGCUGCCAAGAAGAAGGUUGUGAAGAAGGCCGCUCCCAAGAAAAAGACGGCUGUGAAGAAAGCUGCACCCAAAAAGAAGCCCGCUGCCAAGAAGACCGCUGCCAAGAAAUAAGUGCACAAUGUUGUGUACUUAACCAUGGCAAGUAUCUUAGAGCAUCAGGAUCAUGUUUACAUGGAGAAGAUUCUUCACUGUAUUGUACCGUGCUAUAUACCCAAACUUAUACCCUGGUGUCUUUCGACACCACCCUAAAGAAAAGGAAUUAAUGUCAAUCAGUUACCCUCCGGUGACAUCAAGGAAGACAAUAUAUUAUACUGUUAAAUAUUAGGUAGGCUUCGAGACCUGCAACAAAUGGGAAUUUAAUAAAUAACGAUACAAGGAUGA